CUCUGUACACAGGAUGGGUGGGGUCUGUCAACAUCGGGAUGAACUGCCUGGCCAGUCCGAUGGCAGCUUUCUUGGAGAGGCGAAUCGGCUACCGCGCGACGAUAGUUUUAGGAGUUCUCUUCUGCGCCACUGGGGUCUUCGUAUCAUCAUUCGCGCCACAACUCUUCAUGCUGUACUUCACCUAUGGGACGAUGUACGGCAUCGGUAUCAACCUCUCAUUCCAUGCCAGCUUAUGCCUCAUGGUGCAAUACUUCCCGAACAAGAACUGUCGUCGUGCCACUUCAGUCAUUAUGAUCGGAGGCACUUCUGGAAUGCUAGUCUUCAGUCCGGUCAUGGAGAGAUUAAUCGAAAUGUUCACGUGGCGUGGAGCCCUACGGAUCAGCGGGAUAUUCGUUCUCUUCCUUGGCCUCCCAUUUGCGUUGCUCUGCAAGUCACCAGAAGAGACUGUUAAAGAAGUGGAAAAGGUAGUCAGAAAGUAUAGCAAAUGCGCCGAUUCCAUCGAGGAUACGGUUAACAGGUGCAAGCGGGAUCUCCAGAAGGUCUACCCAGGGUAUGAUCCUGAUGACAAGGGGGCAUGGAAGUCGGACUCAAUGGGAAACGAUGGCGAAGACGAGUACGGCGAUGAGAGAGGUCCAUUGCGGGAUCCGAAGACGAACGAUUUGAAAUCGCUAGACUCUAAAUGUGAGAAAGAACAUGCUAUUGAUCUCCUCGAGAAUGUUAUUGUCCAUGAAGAGGAGGAAAAGUCAGGUUGCCAGAAGUGGCGAAUCAUUCUUGGCUCGUGGCGAACCUGGUUUUUCAUCAUCUCCGUUUUCAUUUCAACAUUUUCAUGGAGUUUCUACUGGGUUAAUCUUGUCAGCCACCUGUCAAACGUUGGUCUCUCUCAGCGUCAGAGCGCUCUGGUCCUAUCAUCGUGUGCUGCUGCAGAGUUAAUCACAAAGGUCUCUCUAGCUCUUUUCGGCGAUCACCUACCUGUUAGUAAUGUAAGCAUUCUAGGCAUUCAAGGUCUCAUUACCAGUGCUUUCACCGUCGGGGUCAUGUUCAUCAAUAGCUUCGGUGCUGGUAUCGGCGUUAUUCUAGGUGUUGGAUGUAUGCGGGGUAUAUACCAGGUAGUUCCAUACAUGAGCUGUGUAGAGAUCAUUGGCACACGAUGGGGAGACGAGGCACAGACCCUAACUCUCGUAGUCCAGGGCUUCGGAUACCUUGUUGGGGCCCUUCCUUCAGGUGCAAUAUACGACCUAACCCAGUCUUACCAAACGUGUCUUGUAAUGGUUUGCAUUCUCUUCAUCGUGUCGUCGGUGGCGCUGUUCAUAAUACAGAUCUACGAUCGUUUCUGUGCCAGAAGACAGGAGAAAGAACUGUCUGCAGCCAAAGAUAUGCGUUUGAAACAUUUAUCCUUGCAAAAUGAGAUUAUUGGCGACAAGGUCACGACUGUAUAAGAGAGUGAAUGGUAAGAUAUGUGGGUCGUGAGAGAUAGAUCGUGAAGAGGAAAACAUGCGGCAUGUGUGAUUUGAUUGGAUAUCCCGGGGGGGCCACUUACAUUGACAAGUGGAUACCAUGCGCGACCAAAAAAACACGUAAAAAGGAUGCCUUUUUCAAGAUAGGGCACGUUACUACGUAACGUGAUAAGGGUGUCAAAAACUCAAUAAUAAUGAAAAAGGGUAUCUAUUUCGCUAGGAAAGCUACGUGUUUAGGGUCAAAUUUGCGGGGAUGAUAAAACAAAAUUAAAAUGUUUUAUAAAGGAUGUUCUUUUAGCCCCAACACUACGUGUUUAGAGUCCGAUUUGCGCGAGGUGUGGAAGGUGGGGCCGUAUACUAAACCAAAUGGUGUGUAAAUUAAGCUUAGUAAAACCGACGACCGACGGACCCGUGACAUAACAAGACAAUAUCGCUGUACUUGUUUAGGGGUUCAUUUCAGGGAAUACUUGCCAAGAGUAUCGUUUUGUUUCCAAUACUUGUUAAGGGUAGGGUUUCAGACGGCAAUACUUGUUAAGGGGUGCAUUUUCAGAAUAUGGAAAAUACGUGUUUAGGGUGCUUUUUGAGACCCCAUGGUCGCGCAUGGUAUCCACUCGUCAAUGGAAGUGCCCCCCCCCCCCCCAGGUUGGAUAUCUACGAGGAAAUGAGAAUGAAUCAAUGUUGCCUUAAAAACAUUCUGCCUUACAAAAUGAGAUUAUCAGCGACAAGGUCUUUACUUUAUAAAACAGUGAAUGGAUGAGAGAUGUAUUUUGUGAGAGGGAUGCGAUGUGAGUGGAUAUCUAAAAUGAAGUGGAAACCACUGUUAACUUUAAAUAUUCUCUCAUAAGAAAUGAGUUUAAUGGCGACAGGGUCACGAAUGGACUUAGUAAGAGAUGUAGAUUAUGAGAGAUAAAUAGCGAAGAUAAUAAAGAGGGGAGAACGUGAUGUGAUUGGAUAUCUAAGUAAAAACGAACCUCUGCAUGGUCUUCAGAACAUUCUGUUAAAAAAAAAUAGGUAAACGGCGACAAUGUCGCGAUAGUAUAAAACAGUGAAUGGACGAAUCAUUGAGAGUAAGAGAUAGUGCUUGUUAUGAUUGACAGAUAUUUAAGAGGAAGAAAUAGGCAGUGUGCUAUAUGAUUAGAUAUCAUAUACCGUGUUACACGCUGCAUCGGCUCAGGGUUCAGAACCGCGAGCCGAUGCAGAAUCGGCUUUUUUGUUACAUGUAAACGCGAUUAACUUGCAUCAGCUCUCGGUGCAGAAUCGGCAAUUUUGCACCACCAAAGUAGUAGGUUCAGAAACGCGAGCCGAUGCAGGAUCGGCUUUUUUCUACAUGUAAACAGAAAGCCGAUUCUGCAUCGGCUUUUGGUUCUGAACCAAAAGCCGAUGCACGUGUAAACACGGUAUAAAUAGAAGUGAAAAACGGUACCACUGGCCUUAACUUCAAAACACUCUGCCUUUAAAAAAAUUAGGUUAACAGCGACAGGGUCGCGAAAGUUUCAAUUAGUGAAUGGACAAAUUAAGCGAGAUAUUCGGAGUGUGAGAGAAAGAGUUAGGAGAAAGGAUAUGAAAAUGUGUGUAGAUCGGAUAUAAAAAAUGUCGUGAGAUGUACUUACAGCGAUUAAACUUCAAAUCAUUCCGUCUGCCUUAGAAGUGAGCCUAGUAAGGUUAUCAGCGACAUGGAUAACAGGCUCAUUAUUUUAUAGCAAAUGGAAUGGACGAUUUUUUUGUGAAAGUUUAGAGAAAGACUAAAAAAAUAUUGGAUAAAGUGAAAGGAAUUUUUAUUUACAACCACCGAUUAAACUUCAACCACACUGCCUUACGGAAUAUGGUUCUUUGGUUAAUAGCGACAGGGUCACAAUUGCGAAAAAAUAGAAGAAAU